UUCACUCUUCCUUUUCGGGUGAAAUCACCUGUAAAAAGCAAAGCAAAGCAAAGCAGCAUCCUCUAAAAUCAAAACCAACCAAACCACCCCUAAUCGCUCUCGUCCCCAUCCAUUAUUCCCCGACGCAUCCCCAAUUCCUAAGCUUCAUCUGCGAUUUCAAUUUCCCCUCAAAUCCAUCCGUAAACCCUAGCUCAAUUUCGAUUCAACAUCUUCCACUGUCAAUCAUGGACGCUGACUCUUGGGCUGCUCGUCUAUCUUCUACAUCCAAGCGAUACCAAUAUGCUCUUCAAUCCCGAUCGUCUGAUAUGUUUAUGGGGUUCGAGGACAUCGAGGUGGAUGAUGAUAUCAGGGAAGAAUUUCCAUGCCCCUUUUGCACUGGUUAUUUCGAUGUAGUGGGUUUGUGUUGUCAUAUUGAUGACGAGCAUCACGUUGAGGCCAAGAAUGGGGUGUGUCCGAUUUGUGCUGUGAGGGUGGGGGUAGACAUGGUAGCACAUAUAACCUUACAACAUGGAAACAUAUUCAAGAUGCAACAAAAGAGAAAGUGUCGCAAAGGUAGUUCUGUAUCAACACUUUCAUUGUUAAGGAGGGAACUAAGAGAAGGAAAUUUGCAGUCUUUAUUUGGAGGUUCCUCUUAUAUAGUUCCAUCAGCAAAUGCAGCACCUGACCCUUUGUUGUCAUCAUUUAUUUUGCCAAUUGUUGAUGAUCUUGGAAGCACUCAAUCUAAUUCAACAGCUGAAUCAGUUUCUGUAACCAAAAGCACAACUGAAAAAGUAUCUGAAAGAAAAGCUCAAUCACCUCCGUUGUCGAUUGAAGAUAAGGAAGAAAGGAGCAGAAGAUCGGAAUUUGUGCAAGGAAUGUUGAUGUCAACUAUUCUUGGUGAUGAGUUGUAAAAAGAUGUGGUUAUGGGGUUUCAAGGUGAGAGGUUGGUUGGGUUACUUAUUUGUUAUGUGAUAAUGGGGAGAGUGAAAUGUAGUAAUAAAUUUGUAAUUUAUGUUUCUGAGAAUUGUAGCAUCAAUUAAAGUGAGAAAGAAAAAAAAAGAAAUAAGUAGUAUUAGUUUGUAAGCGAAUGCGAUACAUUUUACUGAAAUAUGUUGUGGUUGUUUCUUCUA